AUGGGGGGGGGGGUGUUGAGGGGAGGGGUGGUGAUUAUGGUUGUGGAGGUUAUUGAAAAGAGAGGGAUUGGGUGGGGAGGGGGUGUGAUAUGGAGGGGGGGAUUGAGGAGAAGUGGGGGGGGUGGAGGUAAGUUGGGUUUGUUGGGGGGUUGGGGGGGUGGGGGUUGGUUGGGGGGGGGGGGGUUUUGGGAGAUUGAUGUGAGAGAGGUUGAGGGGGGGUGGUAA